CUAUGAUUGCCCUGCUAUUGUGGAUUUGGAUCUGGGUCUUUUGUGUUGUAAGUUGCGGUUGCACCUGCCAUUAGUACUCAGCCGGUGGUCAAGACUGCAACGGCCCUUCUCCUUCCAACAGAUAUCGAUAUUGUUCAAUCCUAGAGUCACGUCGUAUCGGCAAUUACUCUGUUACCAACACCCCAAUCCUCGAUUCCAAAUAUCCCCACAAUCGUACUUCCGUGCUCGCGCGACCUUUUCCUCCCUCCUUCCUUCCUUCCUUCUUUGCUCCUCGCUCACAGGGCCAAAUAUUGGGGGCCUAAACCAACAACCAGCAUCGCCACAAGGCUCCGUCUCCCGCGUCACUCACUACCCUGCACUCGGCCAAGCAUUGGCUGGCGACCGUUUCCCGCAUCGUGGAAGGAAGAGGAAGCACGUUUCCCUCGGCUGUGGGAUUUAAGGUCUUUGUGGUUUUGGGCGAUGCGCGCUCGCGAUUGGACGAUCGAGAGCGGGAGCCAUCGUCUGUCUAAAUCCCAUGGUGCGGGAUAGGGGAUGUCUAAUUCUGCUCGUGGCCUUGGGCGGGCUGUUCAGAAUCUAGAAGGGGAUUGAUCUACAUUGUGGAAAGGGAUCUCUCAUGGAAGAAUCAUAUGUGAUAUUUAGAUUGGUGAGGAAACACAGAGUCGGUGAAUCUCCGCGGCAAUGGACUUUGGACACCGCAUCGGAGAUGAGUCUGAGAGGAGCCACGACAGCUGCUUCUCUUUGCUCGUGCCUAUGCGGCCGUCGUUCUUGCUGAAGCCUAGCGUGGAGAUCACUUGAUUGAGAGUACAUGCAGGAUAUUUCCUAGUUUUCGAGAAGUAUUCGAGAAGUGGAGAUGGCCAUGUUGGAUGAGACCGUUGGCAGUAACACUCACUGAUCUAUUGUGCAUAGCCCCCGGCACUUAAGCCUGAGUUGGACAUCACAGUCCAGUACUGUACAAUUCAGUGGUGUAAUUUAUCUGCCUGGCCGCUAUUCUCUCGGAAUUCUCUUAUGAGGUACAGUAGCAUUGAGGAGAUAUCUGAGAAUUACACGCGCUUGUAGUAGGGUUGUGGUGGUGGAGUGGGCAUCGCCUCAUUAAAUCAACCUGCGCCACACUGUAGGUAGCAGGAUCACCACACCACUACCCGCUUAACUAUGCUGCCUGCGGCAAUCACAGACAUAUAAUGGGGUGACAUGGCCUCUGAAAUGGCCGCGGGACUUAGACCUACGGCUCGACCUGCUCGGAGACCUCACCGGCGGCCACUCGGAGACCAUAUCGGCGGCCAUGCGGGCCACCGAGGCCAAGUUCAAGACCAGGCAGAGAGGGAGGCAGAGGAAAACAGCACCAAAUGUGGCAGCCUAACCAACAGCAAUUCUGCGAUUCUGAUACUGCAACAAUGGGAUGAUCCAAACUCGGCCGAUGACGGUACAGCUUUCUCCACGGAGCUCUCAUCUAGAGUCUAUCGUCGGUCCUCAACCCUUUCUCGUCUUGUUUCACGGCAUGAUACAAGUCCUAUUCUCUCUGCCUCAGCCAGGAUCCGCGGGCAGUGUCGCGGUGGCCUGAUGAGAAAUGGGAAAAGCAAGUUCUACUAUCAUCGUCGACGGCGGGGACUAUGACGCUUACGGUUAUUCCGGGCACGCGCGGAUGCAGAAGAAAAAUGAGGCCUCUGUGAGGGGGCGUCGUUUGAUAUCCCACCAUAGGGGACGGCGGGGACGACGGGGCUGUCAUCCUAGUUGCUCGCUUCAGGCGUCUGCGGCUUUUAACUCGCUACCGCCGGGCGGUUCAAUGAUGCUGUGUGGAUAUUGUGGCUUAACCGGCAUGACAAGCUCGAGAAAGAUAGCAACGCCCGCAUUACCUCGCAAGUCACCAUACCUUGUGCUCUGAGGUCACAGAAGGCAGGUUCCGUGAUAAAAAAAACCCCAACGCGAUGUACUCAUGCACUGGGCCUCGCCAUGGCCGGCCUGGUAUCAUUUCUCAUACUUUCCAUCUGAUGGAGAUCCGCCGCCCUGGAUGCUGUGCAAGCGCCGUUGGAAAGGUUAGAGAGGAGGCCUUGGGCCUGACCCUCCUCGAUAUCACAUUAUUCACCGCAUUGCCGAUUUUAGGCCGGAAAGCCUUGCUACUGCUGCUGCUACUGACGGUUCAGGCCGAAGGCAAACACCAACCAACACGCCGGGAUGCUGUCCGGCGAGGACUAUAAGACUCAAUGGAAGCCAUCAUGAGUUUCUCCCUCUCACACCUCAUCCAGCAUCCCAUCCUCAACCUCAGGCGCAUAUGUCUUCUCCCACCUCAGGCUUCUCCCGACUCUCCCUCUCCAGGAUGGCAUCCACCCGCCCAGAAGAUGGUGCUACCCAGCCCAGCAACGACUCCUCCGACGCCUCCUCCGACGAGGACAGCAACGACGACUCCGGCGAAGACUCCAGCCCCGAAGACGCCUCGAUCCUGCGCUCCGCACACACCAAACUCCGCUACGACACCAGCCGCCUCACCCGCAGCACCACCCGCCGCGCCCGCGCCGGCCUCAACGAACCCUUCACCCUCGGCCACUGCUCCGUCUACAACCCCUCCGAAGGCUCCGAGUACUUCGCCUUCCAGAUCUUCGAGACAGUCAGCUUCUCCGUCCGCGUCGGCGCCCCAGACUCAGAGUACCGCAGCCUAACCUGCCACUGCGACUCCGACCCCGGCCCCUGCCGACACAUCUUCUGGCUCCUCGACCAAAUCGCCUCACACACCCUCUCCACCUCCGACAAAUCCACUCCCCUCCCCCUCUCCCCCCGCGGCUUCUCCCGCGCCCCCGCAAACGCAGACGCCUACCACCACAUCACGGCCUCGGGGCCACAUCUAUUCCAGGAACUCGACUGCGACCUCCGCAUCGCCCCGUCCUACGUCGAGCCCUCCCCCGCCGCCGCCACAGCAGCGAGAAUAACAGAUAUCCGCGACAUCCUCGCUUCCUUCUCCCCCGCAACCCGCGACGACUACAGGCCCGACAUCUUCUCAGCCCUCCCCGCCGACCCCUCCUCCCCUCUCCUCUUCCCCACCGACCUCGAGAAGACACUCGCUCACGCCGCGCUCGCGAACCCGGAUCUAUUUCGCCAUCUCCGCGCGCUCGUCCCGUCGUCCCAUUGCGCGGCUAGUUUCUUCCGUAAGCAGCGCGCGAGAGCGGCGGCAGCGCUGGCGAAGUUGGAUGCGUAUGCGGCUACGCGACCGCGUGCUGCUGCUGCGGGGGGGCCGUCGGUGGUGGUGCAUGAUGUUAAGUUCGCUGCAAAUGCUGUUUCUGAAGCUGUUGCCGCGAUCCUGGCUCGUGUUCACGAAGCGCGCGCACCGUUGUCUAUGGCUGCUCGCCAGGCUGCUGCUGAGUCCCUCGCCCUCACGCUGCUGGAUCUCUCGAAGCGCAAUAUCGACGUCUACGCCACGCCCACAUGGAAGGGGACGCGUCAGCAGACUCUCCCCUUGACGGAUCGGAAUAUCUUUGCCCGCUUCUUUGGGAGCGAGCCCCCUGCGGGGGGGGAGCGGUUUUUGGUCGAUGGAUUGGCGGAUUUGGGGGAUGCGGGGCGCGGGGUGGUGGGGGUGCUGGAGGAGGCGAAGGAGGCGUUUGGGGGGAGGGCGGCGCCGGCGGUUUAUGGUGAGAAGCUUGGGUGGCUUGUGGGGAGUCUUAGGGGGGGAGUAGAAGGGGGGAGUGCUGGGAGGGAGGGGAAGAGGGGGGCGGGGGAGGGAGAGGGGAGGGGGAGGAAGAGGAUGAAGUGAGCGGAAGCUAACAUCGUGUCUUUCCUGCCCUGGAUGUGGCUGGUUGCUCUUUUCGUUUGUCGUCUACCGCGCGAUUUUUAUUUCUUUCGUUUCUUCGGUGCGAGAGGGAGGGGUUGCGAGGGGAUGGUGGGGGGCCCUGUUGAUCAGAUUCCCCUUGCUUGCUUCGUCACCUUUCUCCUCUUCUCUCGUGCUGUUUUUUAUCAUCUUUUUAUCUCUGCUUUUAUCUUUACCGCUGUUCGCUUUUCCAUUCUUCAUUGUCCAUCCCGAGGCUGUCUGUGACGGUCUCGGAGUGGAUGAACCGUAACCGAGGAGGAUGGUUGUUUACUUUGUUCUGUUCGGGUUUGGGGAAUAUUAAAAUACGAAAAGACCAAAAAAAAGAAUACUUAUCUAAUGCCUUCAAUCUCUUCCUCAUCUUUUUUUACUACAGAUGGGGAAUCUUAACUAGAAAAAAACAACGUAAAAAAAAUGAAUAGUUUUUAUACAACGCUUCCC